GAGAGAAGAAGGAAAAAAGAGAGAGAGAGAGCUGCCCCACAGCCAGCCGCCUCUUCAGGACCCGGACAGCGCAAAGAAGGGACCUUCUCCUGGAAGGCAAGACAGAGCAGGAGCAUGGCAGCAGGUGGGGGGGCCGACGGAGCCCUCCCAGAGCUCGGCCGCUAUAUUGUGGCCCGGCCCAUCUACAACGAGGUGAACUUCCAAGAGGAGAAUGAGAGAAGGCUGGUAGUGCCCAAAACACUCCGGGAACGAGUCCAGAAAACCUGCAGCUGUUCAAAAAAGAAAGCCAUUCAGGUAACCAAGACUUUAUUACCAAUUCUGGAGUGGCUGCCCAAGUACCGGGUUAAGGAAUGGCUCCUCAGCGAUGUAAUUUCUGGGAUCAGUACGGGACUUGUGGCUACUUUACAGGGCUUGGCGUAUGCAUUGCUCGUUGGGGUGCCAAUUGGUUAUGGCCUGUACUCUGCUUUUUUCCCCAUCUUGCCAUAUUUCUUCCUGGGAACAUCUCGACACAUCUCAGUUGGACCUUUUCCUGUGGUCAGUUUAAUGGUGGGAUCAGUCGUAUUGAGCAUGGCACCUGAUGAAAAUUUCCGUGUGCUUAGCAGCAAUCUGACCGGACUGAAUAAAACACUCAUAGACACUGACGCUAGAGAUGCACAGAGGGUACUGAUUUCCAGUACUGUCAGCUUUUUGGUGGGCAUAAUCCAGCUGCUGUUUGGCGUAUUCCAAAUUGGUUUCAUUGUGAGGUAUCUUGCUGACCCGCUGGUUGGAGGUUUUACAACUGCAGCUGCUUUUCAAGUGUUAGUCUCACAACUGAAAAUAGUCUUAAAUGUUCCGACGGCAAAUUACAAUGGAGUUCUUUCUAUAAUAUAUACUCUGAUAGAAAUAUUUCAAAAUAUUGCUAAGACCAACAUUGCUGACCUUAUUGCUGGCCUGUUGACCAUUUUCAUCUGUAUGGUGGUGAAAGAAAUAAAUGAUAGAUUCAAACACAAGAUCCCUGUCCCUAUUCCUAUAGAAGUUAUUGUGACUAUAGUAGCCACCGGCAUUUCAUAUGGAGCUGACCUGGAGAAAAAAUACAAUGCGGGCAUUGUUAAACAUAUUCCUAGUGGAUUUCUGCCUCCUAUAAAUCCAGCUGUCGGCAUGUUUGGAGAUAUAAUAGCAUCAUCCUUUUCCAUUGCUAUUGUGGCUUAUGCAAUAGCUGUGUCCGUAGGUAAAGUGUAUGCGACCAAAUAUGACUAUGCCAUUGAUGGAAAUCAGGAGUUCAUUGCCUUUGGGAUCAGUAAUAUUUUUUCAGGAGCUUUUUCAUGUUUUGCUGCAACCACUGCUCUGUCUCGCACAGCAGUCCAGGAAAGCACUGGUGGAAAAACACAGGUUGCUGGAAUAAUCUCAGCUGCAAUUGUACUUAUUGCAAUUGUUGCUUUAGGAAAAUUGCUGGAACCAUUGCAAAAGUCUGUAUUGGCAGCUGUGGUCAUUGCCAACUUGAAAGGGAUGUUCAUGCAAAUAGGUGACGUCCCCCGAUUGUGGAGGCAAAGUAAAGCAGAUGCUAUGAUCUGGGUUUUCACAUGUAUAGCAUCCAUUAUCCUUGGACUGGAUUUGGGACUACUAGCUGGAUUGGUAUUUGCGCUGCUGACUGUUGUGCUGAGAGUUCAGUUUCCUUCCUGGGGCAGCCUUGGCAAUAUUUCUGGGACAGACCUAUAUAAAAGCAUCAAAGAAUACAAAAAUGUUGUUGAACCAGAAGGAGUGAAGAUUCUCAGAUUUUCAAGUCCUAUUUUUUAUGCUAACAUUGAUGGCUUGAGAAGCAGCCUCAAAUCAACUGUCGGAUUUGAUGCCAUGCGUGUAUAUAACAAAAGGCUCAAAGCUCUGCGAAAGAUACAAAAGCUGAUCAAGAAGGGAAAAUUAAAAGCAACAAAAAAUGGCAUCAUCAGUGAUUUUGGUACUGCUAAUGAAGCUUUUGAACCUGAUGAAGACCCAGAAGAUCCAGAAGAACUCGACAUCCCAACCAAGGAAGUAGAAAUCCAAGUGGACUGGAAUUCAGAACUCCCAGUCAAAGUCAAUGUCCCUAAAGUGCCUUUUCAUAGCUUGAUUUUUGAUUUUGGAGCUGUAUCCUUUUUGGAUGUUGUAGCGGUGAGAGUGAUGAAAACGAUACUCAAGGAGUUUGAGAGGAUUGAUGUAAAAGUUUAUAUCGCAUCCCACCUAGACCACAUUAUCAAGACACUGGAACACUGUGCCUUUUUUGAUGAUAAGAUUAAAACAGAAAUAUUUUUCCUGACUGUCCAUGAUGCUGUACUCCACAUACAGAAUCAGAUCAUGCACAGAGACAUCCAGGACCCCAUAUUUGAAAAGAUCUCACUGAUGCAGGAGUCAACAGAACCAAUAGAUUUAUUGGAAACACACCAGAAUGAAGAGCUUGAUGUUCAGGAAGAGGCUAUGCGAAGGCUUGCUUCAUGAAGAACGGCUGCUGAAUUCCUCUGAAUUUUGUAGAAAACAUACACUGAUAUUUGAAGGAUAUUUACUUCUCACCAGAAGAACAUUUCUCUUAUGCUACAGAUGUGUCUGACACUAUUUUGUCUCUUUGCAUAUUUUGUCUAAUUAAAAUUAUUUGAUAGCCUACACAAAAUCAAUACACUAGCAAAACGGAAAGCAAGUUCAUCAUAACUAUAGCAGAAACAGCUUCUGGAGAUGGACAUGUACAUACCGUAAUUGCCAUUAUCUCCCAGUGUUACUUUAAUAUAUAUAACCAUCAACUGAGCAAAGAGCAAGAAAGAAAAAGAAGAGAAUGAUAAAUGGACUUGUUAUGCAAUUGCAAAUAUUAUUUAGACUGUUUGUACACUGCCAAAGACAAUGUGACUUUAUUUCUCAGGGUACCUCUAGGUGCUACUGCCAGAAGGGCGAAACUAUUUAUAACUAAUAAAAAUGCAAUAUUUGAAAAAGAAAGAAAAGACAUUCUUCAAUGAAAAACAAUGCAGCCAGCCCUCCAUUUCCAUGGAUUCUGCAUCCACAAAAUCAACCAUCCACGGCUCGAAUAAAUUUGUUUAAAAAUCCCAGGAGGAGUCCUCAAUUUUCCUUUUUUAAAUAUAAGGGACACCAUUUUGUUAUACCGUUGUAUGUAAUAGGACUUGAGUAUCCACAGAUCUUGGUAUUUACAGGGGUCCUGAGACCAAACUACAGUGGAUAACAAGGACCUACUCUAUCCCGAUGCUGUGAAUAUUAAAAAAAUUAAGAAAACAGGUGAAUUAUAUGGUACUGAGGUUGUAAGAAUUAGUUGAGUAUGGGUACCAGACUCAGAUUUUGCUCAUAUACUUGAGUUUCUUGCAAAAUUCAAAUGAACCAUGGCCAAAAUUGUUGAAAGGCAUGUAUCAAGAAAAUUCACACAAAGGAACACACAGCAGCAAAACCAAAAUGUAUAUAAAUCUCACUGAGUCAACUGGUCUAUUCUUGUAGGGAUUAGCAAUCCAAUUCAGGGCUAAAUUUUUAUAAAUAAAUUUUUAUGAUGAAAUUGGUUGGACAGGGUACUAUCAUAAACUUUGGUAUUACAUCAAUGUUGUCAAUUUGAAAUUUAAAAAAAUGAAAUGUUUAUCUGGUAAAACUGGUUUUGAGGUACACAUUAGUGAUAAAAGCUAAUAAAAUAGCAGCUAAUCUCCAAAGCUUUUUAACAGCCUUGAUGUCCUGUCAGUGAAUGGUUCUAUGUAUCAGCUGCUUGGUGUGAGCUUUCUUGGAAGGCCUGGUAUUUGUGUACUUGAUGAAAAAUGUCAGUCGACUAGUGCCUUAUUAUAAAAAAAAAAGAUAUUCAAAUUUAUGGGUGUUAUGGUUUAUUCAGUAACAGAAUAGAUAAACACAAACUGAAUCAAUACUUCGGUGAGGCGACACAUAUCAAUUUUAUAAAAUAAAGGUUUGCAAAAUAAA